AUGAGUGACGAAGAAGGGAAAAGGAAACGACAGAAAACUGACAAGGCGUCUGGUGAGGAAAAGAAAAGUAAAAAGAAAACAAAAAUCAGCUUGGUUCAAUGUUUGGAGACUGAGUAUGCGGUUAAUAAGCUCACAAGUUCCUUGAAGGAGGUUCUAGAAGUCUCACCAAGCUACAGGGAGGUGGCCAAAGCAUUGGAUAAUUUGGGUGAUUACGAGGCUGCGGUGGUGCUUGCAUUGACAAGAGGUCCCAAAUUGGUACAUGCGAGCAAAUUGAAGACUUUGUAUAAGCAUGGGAAACUUGACUUCUUGAACCUAAUACUAAAUUUCAAUGACCCUAAGGUGUUCGCAGAGUUUGAAGACCUUGAAUCGAAGUACAACAAAAAGAAAAGCGAUAAUAAAAGUGGAAAGAAGGACAUCAAUAAGCCGAGUAAUGAAGAUGAGGAGGGAAAAGAGGUAAGGCCAAAGGGUGUCGAACAGUAUCCUCCCCCACUUCUACCUUUGACCGAUCCAGUUUUGAGAUCAAAAGUGUUCACUCACAAAUCAGCUGUUACUCAGGCUGAGGAGGAUAGCAUAGAAGCAGCUAACUCUUCCUAUGAACGCUUAGAGUACUUGGGAGAUGCUGUUCUCGAGCUAGCUGUGACGUCUAUUGUUAUGAAGGAAUUUCCUGCCUCAUCAGAAGGCCAUCUGUCUGUUUGCAGACAACAAAUCGUCAGCAAUUCUAAUUUGGAAAACUAUUCAAAGUUGUAUGGGUUUCCGGAAAAACUCAGCUCGUUAAUGAGUAAAGAAGAAACUGAUAAGAACAAUGGUAAGAUAUAUGCUGACAUUUUUGAAGCUUACAUCGGUGCAUUAUACGUUCAAAACAACAACGACCUCACAAUGAUUCAAGAGUGGCUGGGAAAGUUAGCACGGCCUGUGAUAGAAGCCAUGAAAAUGAAAAGAGAUAAAUCGUAUCUGAACAAGAGUGCCAAAGAGAAACUCUAUGCUCUUAUUGGCUCAGCCAAGUCCGCUCCCAAAUACGUCACCUUAGAUAAUGGUCCAGCUCGGGAUGAGUGGUUGGUUCAGGUAGAAAUGGAGGGAGAAAUCAUAGGAAAAGGAAUUGGUGGCAGUGUUAAGGAUGCCCGAACUAGAGCUGCUAUGGCAGCCCUAGAGAAUCAUAAUGCCAUAAGAAAGUAUAACACCAUGAGGUCCACCACCUUAAGAGAAGAAUCGCUAGUUAAAGCACCUGAAGAUUCUGAACUACAAAAGGAAGUUGAUGACUUGAUCGAGAAAAUAAAGAUGAGCAAAAACGUUAAGAAUGUGUCGUUCCCAUUGAGAGUACCUGAAAAUUCAGGUGUAAUUCCAGAACAUAAAGGAUUGAUAAUGUUCCUGUUUAGUAAAUGGAAUCUACAAACUGAACUCAAAUGUGUCAAACUAAACGAUCAAUUUGAAACUACCUUCGUGGUUGAAGGAAAAUCAAUCCUCACAUCCUACAGUCAGCAUAAGAAACGAAGCAAUUUAUUGUGCUAUACGUAUUUCUAUAAAAACUUGCAUAUCCUGAAGCUUCUGAUGAAAGAAUACGUCAAGGAGCAGUCUUAA